AUGAAUUUGCUCACCGUUCAUGUCGCCGUGGUUUUGCAAUUCCCCCACCUGGAGUCCGUCGUUGCCCAGGCCGUUGUCCCUGUCGUCGCCGGUGAGCUUGCAUAUUUUGUUGCUCUUCCAGUUGGUGCCGCAUUUGUCUGCCAAAUUGGUAAGCGCCUCGUGCGUCAUCGGGAUCAAGCUCAGCAACACCUUGGCGUACUUGUCGGCGUCAGCCUCCCGGCACUCCGCGCCCGAGUAAGUGGAGAUGUACGCACCGCCGAACUCACCGGCGAAGGCACUGAGUCCCCUGCUCACGGAGCCCAGCGUGGGAGUGGAGGGCUUCUGGAAGCCCUGCGGCCUCAGCUGUGUGAGCGCGUCGGUGAGGUUGUGGAGCAGGCCUCGCAGCCUGUCGUCGAAGCCCUGCGUCACGCAGAGCCUAUUAAUGUUUUCGCUGCGCUCACCCUCCAUCUGCCUCAUGAAGCCCUUGUAGCCCACGAAGAGAUCCCUGUUUAUCUCGCCGGGCAGCUCCCCCAGCUCCUCGGCCACCUUGUCGGCGAAGUGUUUCAGCGCGUCCUUCGCGGACUCCACGUAGUCACGCCGCGCCUGCUUGGUGAGCUCCGCGAUUGCCUUUUCAAUCUCACUGUCUACGAAGCGUUCAAUGUUUUCUACUUUCUCCCAUUUUAUGUAAUCGGCGUUGGUGAGGAACUUGUCGCACAUGGCGAUGGUCUUGUGAAGGUCACCGGUGCGGAGGGUGUGGAUGUCACUCUUGAUUUUUUCGAGGUCUUUGUCGAUGUCAUUCUCUUUGAAAAGCCCCAACUGCCAGUCGACACUGCCGGCUUCGCUCGCAAUCUUGGCGCACAGUUCACCAAGGAAUUUGUUGAUGUCAGGGACUGUGUCCCUAUUGAGCUCUUCAAUGUCUUUCUUGAUUUUCUUGAGGCAAUCCUUAUCGUCAUCAUUUGUUCCAAUCUUCUCUAUCAUGAAUUCCAUAUUCCUCAUCACGCCUCUUUCUUUUGGCUCACCGGCAUCCUUACCCUGCAACUCACUCCUCAGCUCGUCAAGCUCCGCGGUGAUUUUGUCGACGCCUUGCUUUAUUUCAGUGGGCUGUUUGUGCAACUCACUUUGUUGAGCGUGAAGGCCAUUUUCAAUAUUCUCCAAGCCCUUAGCAUUGUUAUCAUCAUUCCAAUCCGCAUCUUCACUCAUCCCUUUGUCCUUCAAAUCUUCCAGUGUGUUGAUGACAUCUUUGUCCAGCGUGCUCCUAUGCACGCCAAGUUCCACUUUAAUUGCUGA